AUGGGGACACGAAUGAGAGGAAACGUCAGGACAGGGGGCUCAGGGUGUCUGAAUGAUGGUGCAGCGCAAAGGGAGAAAGAAUUCUGCCAGAAAACUAAAGUUUCUCCUCCAGCCCCCUUAUUGAAGCAUCCAUUUAUCGCAACGAAGCUUGCAGUGAAGACAAAGAUAAAUCCUUUUCUUCUUCUUCAUUUUAAACCCAGAAAAAAGCGUUUCUCUGGGCGGAAGACGGUUAAUCUGGCCAUUCCACAAAGUGAGACAUCGUCCGCCAGAAUGUCCCAGAUUGACGAGUACAUCUCCUCCUCGCCAACCUACCAGGAGGUGCCCGACUUCCAGAGGGUGCAGAUCACCGGCGAUUACGCGUCCGGGGUCACGGUGGAGGAUUUUGAAAUCGUCUGUAAGGGUCUGUACCGGGCGCUCUGCAUCCGGGAGAAAUACAUGCAGAGAUCCUUCCAGAGGUUCCCCAAGACCCCCUCCCGGUACCUGCGGAGCGUGGACGGGGAGCCUUGGGUGACGGACGAGAACUUCUGCCCAGCCUUCACCCCUCCCGUGAGAAAGGGAGAGGACCCUUUCCGCACAGACAGCCUCCCGGAGGACCUAGGCUACCGCCUCUGCAUGAGGGACGGCGUGGUCCACGUCUACCCCAGCGAGGAGGCGGCCAGCAAGGACGAGCCCAAGCCCCUGCCCUACCCCAACCUGGACUCCUUCGUGGACGACAUGAAUUUCUUACUUGCUCUGAUUGCCCAAGGACCCGUAAAGACCUACACCCACCGGCGCCUGAAGUUCCUCUCCUCCAAGUUCCAGGUCCACGAGAUGCUCAACGAGAUGGAGGAGCUAAAGGAGCAGAAGAACAACCCGCACCGGGAUUUCUACAACUGCAGGAAGGUGGACACCCACAUCCACGCGGCUGCCUGCAUGAACCAGAAGCACCUUCUGCGCUUUAUCAAGAAAUCUUACCACACUGACGCUGACAGAGUGGUCUACAGCACCAAGGAGAAAAAGCUGACCCUCAAGGAGCUUUUCGCGAAACUAAAAAUGCAUCCCUACGACCUGACCGUUGAUUCUCUGGAUGUUCAUGCUGGACGCCAGACUUUCCAGCGUUUUGAUAAAUUCAAUGACAAGUACAAUCCUGUAGGAGCCAGUGAGCUGCGGGACCUCUACCUCAAGACAGACAAUUACAUCGAUGGAGAAUAUUUUGCCACUAUCAUCAAGGAGGUAGGUGCAGACCUGGUGGAGGCCAAGUACCAGCACGCCGAGCCCCGCCUGUCCAUCUACGGCCGAAGCCCUGAGGAGUGGGACAAGCUCUCCACCUGGUUCGUCCGCAACCGCAUCCACUGCCCCAACAUGACAUGGAUGAUCCAGGUCCCCAGGAUCUACGAUGUGUUUCGAUCUAAGAAUUUUCUUCCGCACUUUGGGAAGAUGCUGGAGAACAUUUUCAUGCCGAUCUUUGAGGCCACCAUCAACCCGCAGGCUCACCCAGACCUCAGUGUCUUCCUUAAGCAUAUCACUGGCUUUGACAGUGUGGAUGACGAGUCCAAACACAGUGGCCACAUGUUUUCCUCCAAGAGCCCCAAGCCCCAGGAGUGGACAAUGGGGAGUAAUCCGUCUUACACUUACUACGCCUACUAUAUGUAUGCGAACAUCAUGGUGCUCAACAGCCUGAGGAAGGAACGAGGCAUGAACACGUUUCUAUUCCGACCUCACUGUGGGGAAGCCGGAGCGCUCACCCAUCUCCUGACUGCAUUCAUGACAGCGGACAACAUAUCUCAUGGCCUGAAUUUAAAAAAGACUCCUGUAUUACAGUAUCUGUAUUUCUUAGCUCAGAUUCCCAUCGCCAUGUCGCCAUUAAGUAACAACAGCUUGUUUCUAGAGUAUGCCAAAAAUCCCUUCUUAGAUUUCCUCCAGAAAGGGCUAAUGAUCUCACUGUCUACAGACGACCCGAUGCAAUUCCACUUCACCAAGGAGCCCCUCAUGGAAGAGUACGCCAUUGCCGCACAAGUCUUCAAGCUGAGCACCUGCGACAUGUGUGAGGUGGCGAGGAACAGCGUCCUGCAGUGUGGAAUGCCUCACGAGGAGAAAGCCAAGUUCCUGGGCAGCAAUUACCUAGAGGAAGGCCCCAUGGGAAAUGACAUCCGGAGGACAAACGUCGCCCAGAUCCGCAUGGCCUAUCGCUAUGAAACCUGGUGUUACGAACUUAAUUUAAUUGCCGAAGGCCUUAAGUCAGGAGACUAAAAUAAAUAAACCAAAUACUAUUCGGGUGAGAUUUUCAUGUGAA